GCCGCUAGUCAGGCAGAACGUAGCUUCGUUUUUGAGGAUGAUUCUCCACUCACUGUACGAAAGAAACCGCUGGCCUUGUUGCUGCCCACAGCCAAACUCGACAUGCAGGAACUUGACACUCUAGAGGGUCUCUUAAAGGAAGAUCCGGCCUCGCGGGUGCUGAAAUCCCCAAGAGCACCCGCCAUCCUCCCCAAAUCGCUUUCAAAACCCUUUACUUUCCUCCCGGCGGUCCCAGCAAGCUCUCCAAAACUCUCAUUGGAUAAGGAGAAUAUCGAUCUAUUCGAUGGCCUUGUUCACGCUCCUGCGCUGUGUGCACAGCCAAAGAACAAGCAGAAGGACUUGCCUACUUCCUCAACCCCCUCUUCGCCGCCAGCAUCAGCCACUCGGAAGUGUAAGGUGGAAAAGGAGCCAGGUCUGGUGUCGCCUUCUCUGUCUUACACGUCUGACAACUCUUUGGUCGGUGCCGCUCUCAGUGAUUGGUCAGGCACUUCAAACGAUGGGUACUAUGUCCAUUUCCAUUCUAUCAUUUUUAUGCUUACGGCUUCUGUGCAUGUUAAGUUGAAGACUCGGAGAACUCACUGCAUGCUUAAGUUUUACACCAAGGCCCCCCGUACUCCUGAUGAUCUAGCGUUAGAUUAA